GUGGUCAGGGAAGACAUCAGCCAACAGAAAAAGAUAACAGAUAAAGGAGAGAUAUUUUCUGGGCAGAAUUUUGCUGCUCGCCCAGCUUCAGAGAAAUCGCGAUUGGGAAGGCAUCCGUGGUCAGAUUAUGCUGAAAUUUUGACUGGAGGUUCUCAAGACACAGACCUAAAUUCUGAACGGUGGAGAUUGGAUUUUGACGGUCAGAUCGUCUGGAAUCAUUUCCAAACAGACCUGCAGUUUUUAGGGUGAUUUCAAUCCUUUUUCAUCCUCUUUGUAUCUUUGUUGAAGUUUUAUACUUCUUGAGCUGUUGUAUCAUCAUAUUUGAUGUUUGGAGACUCUCUUGUACUCAUUCCUUGUUGAUUAGUGAAGAGUUUGGGUGGAUGGAGGCCCCGUGGUUUUUCCUCUUCGAUUUGGAGGGGUUUUCCACGUAAAAAAUCAUGGUGUUCUGUGUGUGCUUGGUUUCAUUUCAUUUUUACAGCUUUCUCCAUAUAUGUUUUUGAUGUCAUUCACUGCUACCUGCUAUUAAACCGGGAUCCUGUGAGUUUCUUGCAAGCUUGGAAGAAUUCUUGUCAAGUAUAUUUGGACUGUUUUGGGUUUGUGGUUGAAUUACUUUGACAUGCAGUGUUUUUCUUCCCUACAAAUUGGUAUCAGAGCUUGUAGUUAUUCCUGUGUUAUCCGCUUGUUUGAAAUAUGGAGCCGAAUAUUAGUAGGAUGAUUUGUUUGAAUGGCAAGAAUUAUCACAACUGGAGUGGUAAAAUGAAAGAUUUGCUAUAUGUUAAAAGUCUCCAUUUACCUGUAUUCGGAACUAAGCCUGAGAAUAAAUUUGAUGAAGUCUGGGGUUUUGAAAAUCAACAAGUCUGUGGUUAUAUCAGAUGUUGGGUGGAAGAAAAUGUUAGAAAUCAUAUAGCAAAGGAAACAAAUGCCAAAACUUUGUGGACGAACCUUGAAAACAUGUAUGCUGCUAAAACAGGAAAUAAUAAAUUGUUUCUGUUAAAGCAAAUGAUGAAUUUGAGAUAUAAAGAGGGCACUUCUGUUUUGGAUCAUGUUAAUGAAUUUCAAGGCCUAGUUGAUCAGAUGACUGACGUUGGUAUUAAAUUUGAAGAAGAAAUAUUGGGACUUUGGUUGCUUAACAGUUUACCCGAUUCUUGGGAAACUUUCCGGACUUCUUUUACUAACAAUGCUCCUGCUGGUUCUAUGUCUUUAGGGUAUGCUAGAGAUGGCAUUUUAAAUGAGGAGGUUAGAAGAAGGACUCCAGGUACAAACUCAUCCCAGUCAGAAGUUUUUGUUACUGAAGACGGGGGGAGAAACCAGAACAAGUUUCAGGGUUAUAGAGGCAAAAGCAGAAGUAAGUCCAGGUCCCGGUUUAAGGAUAUGGAAUGUCAUUACUGUGGCAAGAAAGGUCAUAUCAAGAAGCAUUGCUUUAAACUGAAGAAGGACAGGAAAAAUGGCAACAAUUCUGAUGUGAAAAAUGACAACAAUGGUGACCGCGUUGCUGCUGCCACUCCGGGAGAUCUUGUUAUUGUUCAUGAUGAUGUGAUGAAUUUUUCAUCUCAUGACACUGAUUGGGUAGUAGACACUGGCGCCUCACUUCAUGUUACGUCUAAAAAGGAGUUCUUCAGUUCCUACACUCCAGGUGAUUUUGGAGUUCUCAGGAUGGGCAAUGAUGGUGUGUCAAAGGUUAUUGGCAUGGGUGAUGUGUGUUUGCAGACUAGUAAUGGCACUCAAUUGAUCCUUAAAGAUGUCAGACAUGCUCCAGAUAUUCGCCUAAAUUUGAUCUCAGUUGGAAGACUUGACAAUGAUGGUUUCUGCAACAGUUUUAUUGGCGGGGAGUGGAAGCUCUCCAAGGGUUCAUUAAUUGUGGCUCGUGGGAAGAAGUCUUCUAAUCUUUAUUUAUUGCAGGCUUUCGUUUCUGGCAGCAUCAAUGCAGUGGACAGCAAAGUCUCAUUUGAUUUAUGGCAUAGACGACUUAGCCAUAUUAGUGAAAAAGGGACUUAAUUGUUUAAUUAGAAACAAUGUUAUUUCUGGACUUGGUACAACAAAGUUAAACAAGUGUGAUCAUUGCAUGGCGGGAAAACAAAACAGAGUGUCCUUCAAGAGUAAUUCUCCUCACAGAAAAUCAAGCGUGUUGGAGUUGAUUCAUUCCGAUGUGUGUGGUCCUUUAAAGGUACAAUCUUUUAGCGGUGCAUCUUAUUUUGUGACUUUCAUUGAUGACUAUUCUAGAAAGGUGUGGGUCUAUGCUUUAAAGACCAAGGAUCAAGUUCUAGAUAAGUUUAUGGAAUUUCAAGCUCUUGUUGAGAGGCAGACGAGAAAGAAAGUCAAGUGCAUCCGAACAGAUAAUGGUGGUGAAUAUUGUGGUCCAUUUGAUCAUUAUUGCAGAAAACUAGGGAUAAGGCAUCAGAAGACUCCUCCCAAAACUCCUCAGCUAAAUUGUUUGGCAGAAAGAAUGAACAGAACUUUAAUUGAGAGAGUUUGUUGUUUACUUUCUGAAGCUAAGCUAUCACCGAGCUUCUGGGGUGAAGCUUUGUACGCAGCAGUUCAUGUGAUUAAUCUGUCCCCAGCUUAUGCUUUAGAUGGAGAUGUUCCAGAGAAUGUUUGGUCAGGCAAGAAAUCUUCUUAUGAUCAUUUGAGAGUCUUUGGUUGUAAGGCUUUUGUUCAUAUUCCUAAAGAUGAACGGUCUAAACUUGAGGCAAAGACUAGACAAUGUAUCUUUCUAGGUUAUGGCCAGGAUGAGUUUGGGUACAGGUUAUAUGAUCCAGUUGAGAAGAAACUUGUCAGAAGCAGAGAUGUUGUAUUCUGUGAAGAUCAAACUAUUAAGGAUAUUCAGAAGGUUCAGAUGACAGCAACACAGAUGUAUGAUGAUCUUGUUGACUUGGGUGAUGAGGGGACUCGUAAUGAGUCUACUAUUGUUGAUGAUACGACUCAGCCCGAUACACACUAGGAUACAGUUGACACUCAGACUCCAGAGGAUGAAACUAUUGAUAUUCAACAUCCAGAAGUUACAUAUAUGCCAGAGGAAUCACAUGAAGCUCCAAUUCCUAUGAGACGGACUACGAGAGCUAAAAUACCUUCUGUUAGGUAUAAUCCUGACACUUAUGUGCUCUUGACUGACGGGGGAGAACCUGAAUGCUUUGAUGAAGUACUGGAAAGUGAGCAAAAAGAUAAGUGGUUCAGGGCAAUGCAAGAUGAGAUGGAAUCUUUGCAUGAUAAUCAUACCUUUGAUUUGGUAAAGUUACCCAAUGGUAAGAGAGCUUUGAAGAAUAGGUGGGUUUACAGGUUAAAACAGGAGGAACAUUCCUCAAACCCACGAUACAAAGCUAGAUUAGUAGUCAAAGGUUUUAAUCAGAGAAAAGGAGUUGGUUUUUCUGAAAUUUUUUCUCCUGUUGUGAAAAUGUCUUCCAUUAGAGUUGUGCUUGCUUUAGCUGCUAUUCUUGAUUUGGAGGUUGAGCAGAUGGAUGUGAAGACAGCUUUUCUUCAUGGUAAUCUUGAGGAAGAGAUUUACAUGGAACAACCAGAGGGUUUUAAGGUUAAAGGUAAAGAAGAUCAUGUGUGCCGAUUGAAGAAAAGUUUAUAUGGUUUGAAACAAGCACCGAGACAGUGGUACAAGAAGUUUGAGUCUGUUAUGAGUAAGCAGGGUUACAAAAAGACCACUUCUGAUCAUUGUGUUUUUAUGCAAAAGUUUUCUGAUGAUGACUUUAUUGUACUUUUGCUUUAUGUUGAUGAUAUGCUUAUUGUUGGUAAGAAUGCUUCUAGGAUCAAUAUGUUGAAGCAAGAGUUGAACAAGUCUUUUGCUAUGAAAGACUUGGGACCAGCAAAGCAAAUUCUUGGAGUGAAGAUCACUCGGGACAGAAAAGAAAGAAAGCUUUGGCUAUCUCAAGAGAGUUAUAUUCUGAAAGUGCUUCAAAGGUUUAAAAUGGAUAAUGCAAAAUCAGUUAGCACUCCACUUGCUAGUCACUUCAAACUAAGUGUCCAGCAAUGCCCUUCAACUGAAGAUGGGAAGAAAGAGAUGGAUAGAGUUCCUUAUGCUUCAGCCGUUGGUAGUUUGAUGUAUGCCAUGGUUUGUACGAGGCCCGAUAUUUCUCAUGCUGUAGGAGUGGUUAGUCGUUUUCUUUCAAAUCCAGGAAGAGAACAUUGGGAAGCAGUGAAGUGGAUUUUGAGAUAUCUCCGGGGAAGUUCAAGUCACUCUGUUUUGGAAAUGAAAAAUAUGUUCUUGAAGGCUAUACUGAUUCAGAUAUGGCUGGGGAUAUUGAUUCAAGAAAGUCUACUUCUGGAUAUUUGAUUACUUUUGCAGGGGGAGCUGUUUCGUGGCAAUCUCGAUUACAAAGAUGUGUUGCACUAUCAACUACAGAAGCUGAAUUUAUAGCUGCCACGGAAGCUUGCAAAGAGUUGCUUUGGAUGAAGAAUUUUAUGAAGGAACUUGGAUACUCUCAAGAAAGAUAUGUGUUGCUAUGUGAUAGUCAAAGUGCAAUUCAUCUCGGUAAGAAUUUAACCUUUCAUUCUAAAUCUAAACAUAUUGAUGUAAGGUAUCAUUGGAUACGUGAAGUCUUGAAUGAUAGGUUGUUGGAACUUGAAAAGGUUCAUACUGAUAAUAAUGGGGCUGACAUGUUCACAAAAGCAUUACCGAGAUGGAAGUUUGAGGUUUGUUGUUCGCUUUCCGGGAUGGAAAGUGAAUGAUUUCUUCACAUAGUCGGGAGGGGGAGAUUUGUUGGGCCUAUCUCAUUUAUUCCCUCCUAUGUGAUUAUAGCCCAAUUGAUGGAGACCCAUUAAGUCAUUUGACUCUUCACUUUGUCAAAGGAUGGAUUCUGAAAAAUAGAACCUGUGGUCAGGGAAGACAUCAGCCAACAGAACAAGAUAACAGAUAAAGGAGAGAUAUUUUCUGGGCAGAAUUUUGCUGCUCGCCCAGCUUCAGAGAAAUCGCGAUUGGGAAGGCAUCCGUUGUUAGAUUAUGCUGAAAUUUUCACUGGAGGUUCUCAAGACACAGACCUAAAUUCUGAACGGUGGAGAUUGGAUUUUGACGGUCAGAUCGUCUGGAAUCAUUUCCAAACAGACCUGCAGUUUUUAGGGUGAUUUCAAUCCUUUUCCAUCCUCUUUGUAUCUUUGUUGAAGUUUUAUACUUCUUGAGCUGUUGUAUCAUCAUAUUUGAUGUUUGGAGACUCUGUUGUACUCAUUCCUUGUUGAUUAGUGAAGAGUUUGGGUGGAUGGAGGCCCCGUGGUUUUUCCUCUUCGAUUUGGAGGGGUUUUCCACGUAAAAAAUCAUGGUGUUCUGUGUGUGCUUGGUUUCAUUUCAUUUUUACAGCUUUCUCCAUAUAUGUUUUUGAUGUCAUUCACUGCUACCUGCUAUUAAACCGGGAUCCUGUGAGUUUCUUGCAAGCUUGGAAGAAUUCUUGUCAAGUAUAUUUGGACUGUUUUGGAUUUGUGGUUGAAUUACUUUGACAGGCAGUGUUUUUCUUCCCUACAGUAAUUACUAUAGAUCUAGAUAUAGAAAAAUCAUUUGUAUUCUUAAAAGUCAUAUCUCUCUGUACACAAGCUUAAUUUGCCAUCCAUUUAUAUUAAUGUAAGCUUCUCAUUUUAAACGAUCGAAUUGAAUAAUUUAAAGGGACCAUUAUAUUUUUGUUU